UUAAGAGAGCGAGCUCAGUACCCCAUCUUCAAUUCUGUAUUCUGUAAUAUUGAAAUGAUAUGACUACUGAGCAUCUGGCCACUCAAGAUUACUUAGGCAAGGACGGCAACUGCAUGUGGCAGCAAUGUUGUGCUACGCGACUACAGCACAAAUCUGCCCGAAUACCGAUGCAUCAGUCAAUACAGCAAUGCGGGGGCCGUGGUGACCUCUUGUAUAUUCAUCUGACGGAUCACUUCAUCUCUACUUCACGGCAGUACUGGUAACACCUUGAUCACACACCCCAAGAUACUACACAGUGUCCCCGCAUGUGAAACGUCAAUCACGGCUUCACAGCCUCUACCUACAUAUUCAAAUAUCUAUCUAUCUAGACAAGCAGUUCUAGCUCAAGAUGCCACCAUCACUCCCCAAUAUCUACAUAAUCGGCAGCCAAUGCACCGGGAAAACAACUCUCGUCAACGCACUAUGCGAGUAUUUCCAGCAUCACCCAAUUGCUUCCGCAAAGUCGCCUACUGCGAUCAAAGAAGUUGCCAGAUCCGUCCUCGAAGCCCACGGUUUCGACAGGGGUGACAUCCGGAACUCGCAAGAUCGAGCCCUAGAGCUGCAAAGACUGAUAAUAGAAGCCCAAUCUAAAGCCGAGAGAUCACAGUUAGAAACCGGCUCCUGGUUCAUAUCAGACCGGUCUGCAGUUGACCCUAUCAUCUACGCGCGGAAAUACGUCAGUGAAAAAGCAGCCACGGCACUAGCUUCCUCACCACAGUGGCUCGAAAUGAGUCAUCGUAUGGCGAAGUCACUCGUCAUUGUUUGUGAGGCUGGCGUCGACUGGUUGACAGACGAUGGCGUUCGUUUGAUGCCGCUGGAUACCACAGAAUGGCAACAGACACAUGCAGAAUUCUGUGCAGUUCUGGAUGGUGUAGGCUUGAUAUAUCAUGUGCUGCCAGCUCGGAUCAAGGAUAUGGAUGAGCGAGUCCAGUUUGUGCUGACGAGAUGGAAGGAGAUGGCAACAGCACAUGGGGAAUUGUGAGUAAUGAUGCUGAGACACUUCCCUUACUUACAACUCCAUCCUGAAGUCAAAUAGAACCAAGACUUAAACAUUGGCAUCAGAUAAGUCACCAGUCAUCAUGGAAUGAGAUAAACCAUUCUACAUAUACGACUAGGACUCAAGAUGUACAAUACACACAUUCUAAUCUAGAUUUAUCAAUUCGCGUUGAUUAUUUGCUUCACCUUCACCGGGAUACACUCAAUGGGGUUAAAUAAUAGAUUUGUAUUUGACAUAUGUUCAAGUUAAAGAGGUG